GAUUUCGUCCAAAAACUAUAGAUAGUAAUGAUAUUCUGGUAAUUAUUAAAUAUUUAUCCAGGCAUUUCUACGAGUGAACAGGUUCGAUGCACCCGUCUGACAAAACAGGACAUGUUUACGCAAGAACUGCGCGCAUUACGCACUAACCCGGUGGGAGAAAACAGCAGAAAAACACUUCACUCACUGAAGUCGCACAUUCAUUUGGAGUCAUGCCAACAUAAACAUCGGGUCAGCAGCGGGGAUUGUUAGGACUCGUUUAGCAAUUCCACGAAUGAUGUAAUAACUGGUAUUAAAACGUGUGGGCUGUCAAGCACAAAAUGAUCGCGCGUACUGUAUCCAAUCGGCUUUCUGGUUCCUGCAUCCAUCUCUCUCAGUUCGACUCCAGCGUUUAGCCGACAUGCUUGGAAUCUGUGUGUGCCUCUGUGCCAUCUUGUCUCCCGUCCUCACCGACCCACAGGAUGCAGAGGAGCCAGUCAUCUAUUCGUGUACGGAUGGGUAUCAGUAUGAUCCUAUUCGGGAGCAAUGCAAAGACAUCGACGAGUGCGCCCUGGUGGAGGACGCCUGUAAGGGCGGCAUGAUGUGCAUCAACCACUUCGGCGGCUACCUCUGCCUGCCCCACAACUCCCAGAUCUACGUCAGCAACAGCCAGGACCAGGGCGCGCAGACGGACACCGUCCGCCCCGUCGUACCCCCUGCCGUGGUUCCCCGUCCGGGCAUCGUGUCCCCCGGCGGUGCCGGUGUCGUUGCCGGGACCGGCGCCGGCGCCGGGGGCGGGGUCUAUCCGGGGCCCAGGGCCGUCAGCUGCAGCCUGGGGUUUGCUGUGGACGAGCAGAAUGUCUGCAGAGAUAUCGAUGAGUGUGCGACGGGCCGACACUCGUGCGGCCCUGAGCAGACCUGCCUGAACACCAGGGGGUCCUUCACCUGCCAGUGUGGACAGGGCUACCUCAGGAACAGUGACCAGUGUGUCGACAGGGACGAGUGUCUCCAGUCCCACUACUGCAUGCACCGCUGUGUGAACCUCCCCGGUGCCUACCGGUGUGAGUGCAACACGGGUCACAAGCUGGCCAGCAACAACCACAGCUGCGUGGACGUGAAUGAGUGUGAGUUGCAGAGCCCCUGCCAGCACCAGUGUUACAACCUGCUGGGCUCCUUCCUCUGCCAGUGUCACCAGGGUUAUGAGCUGGCGGGAGACACCGUUUCCUGUCAAGACAUCGAUGAGUGCAGCUUCUCCAGCUACAUGUGUCAGUACCAGUGUAUCAACACCCAAGGGAGCUACACCUGCCAGUGUCCGGACGGCUACCAGCUCCACGGAGCCAGGCUGUGUCAAGAUAUAAACGAGUGUGAGAAAGGCACCCAUGACUGCAGGGAGGACGAGAUGUGUUGGAACUACUAUGGAAGUUUCCGCUGUUACCCCAGCAACCCUUGCCUGGAGCCCUACGUCAGGACCGGCGAGAACCGUUGUAGCUGCCGCUCCCAGACAGACUGCCAGGGCGUCACGCCCUCCAUCAUCUACAAGUACAUGAGCAUCCAAUCGGAGCGCCCCGUGCCGUCGGACAUCUUCCAGAUCCAGGCGACCAACAUGUACGCCAACACACACAACACCUUCAGGAUCAAAUCAGGCAACGAGGCCGGAGAGUUCUUCCUCAGGCGCUCCAGCAACAUGAGCGCCAUGCUGGUGAUGACCAAGCCCCUGAGCGGGCCCAGCGAGCACGUGGUGGACCUGGAGAUGAUCACCCAGCACAUGACCAUGAACUACCGCUCCAGCUCCCUGCUGCGGCUCACCGUCAUCGUGGGGCCGUACGCCUUCUAAGCACAUAGCUUGCCAGCCUGCUCCCCUCGCCAAGGGUCCUGCCAGGCUAGCCCCCUAGCCCUGCCAAGAAACAGCCCCACAGCUCAGCAGUACAGAUAGAUUCAUAGCCACAACCGUCAGACUCUCCAGCAAAGCUUUUUCCUUAAACAGCAGAAACAUCCAAAACACCCGAAUCAGACCAGGACAAUCCAAUCCAGAACAGGCCAGAGGCCGAGCCGGUUUGUUCUAGAACAUUCCAGAUCAAGCCAGUCAAUGUCCAAGCAUUCCAGUACAGGCCAGAAUGUUCCAGGUCCUGACCAAGCCAAUCGAAGCCAGUCCAAACCAGAGUAAGGCCAGAACAAGCCGUGUGUCCACUAGGCUUUUUCUUUGGUGCAGGGUGAAUAAAAUAAUUUUACCCCUGGAAUGAAAUCCUUUUCAAGAGUGUAGCAUGGAUGCUUCAUAGCACUUGUGAAUCUAGGUCCAAAUACAUCUCAGAUAAAGCACACUUACCAAGCAUGGGAGCAAGUUUAUCGGCUGUAUUGCAGCUAGUGAAUAGGGAAAGAUUUUAUAAAAGAGACCCCAGCCCCCAUGACAAUGAAUGACAAUGAAUUGGACACACAUCCAAACAGGGAUGCAUGUAUUCCCAUCCAAACUCCCAGACCUCUU